GUUUGUUUCUCUCUCUGUGUCACGUUGUAUUUUAAGGCCAAAACUAUUACUGCACUGCCAAAGUCCAUUUUCUCUCACUAAAAACCUCACCGAAAACCUCCUCUGCCAUAUCUAUCGUCAAAUGCAGGCCGAAACCCUAACCACCGCCACCACCGCUCGAUCUUUGCUGCAGCCUCGUGAUCUGAUGCAUUCUCGCGCUUAGACGACCACCGCGCCGAGAUUCCGGUGUUGUUCGGCUUGAAUUUUUGCUCGAUUUAGAGGGGAUUCUGCUUUGCUGCCAUCAUGUAUAAGAACCAGCUGCAGGAGCUGGCGCAGCGGAGCUGCUUCAAUCUGCCGUCCUAUACCUGCAUCAGGGAAGGUCCGGAUCACGCGCCGCGGUUCAAGGCCGCAGUUAAUUUUAACGGCGAGACGUUUGAGAGCCCUAGCUACUGCUCCACGCUCCGCCAGGCGGAGCAUUCCGCUGCUGAGAUGGCGCUCAAUGCUCUUUCUAGCCGUGGUCCGUCCAACUCUCUUGCCGCCAGGAUUUUGGAUGAGACCGGCGUGUAUAAGAAUCUCUUGCAGGAGGUUUCACAGCGAGUGGGAGCAUCUUUGCCUACUUAUACAACCUUCAGAAGUGGCCUAGGACAUCUUCCAGUAUUUACCUGCACCGUAGAAUUGGCGGGUGUUAUAUUUACUGGUGAGCCAGCUAAGAACAAAAAGCAAGCAGAAAAGAACGCAGCCCAGGCGGCAUGGCUAUCUCUUAAAGCACUAGUGCAGCAAUCUUAUACACCGAGCGAGAAGCCCCACAAGGACGAGCAGGAGCAUGUGACGGUGGCUCGCGCUCUUCAAAAGUACCUCAACAACGCAAAAUCAGCCCGCGUACCCUUUCCCAUAAAAUUCCCUACCCUAAAUCCGAGGCCGUCGAGCACCCAACCAUCUCCACCCACCACAUCGAAAAUCCUUCCCUUGAUAUGCCCAAAAACACCUUACCGCAACAAUGGAGCUGUUGCAUUCCCCAAGACCAUGAAACCAACUCAAACCCAUCAAAUUACCCCGCCCCUGCCGCCGCCGACGCCGAAUCCCGGCCACUUCCCCGCCCCGGACACCCUCAAACACCGCCCCCAGAAGUCAUUCCCCGCAGCUGGAGCCGCCCCCUACAUCCCUGUCCGACACUGUGCUCCACAACACAACCGAAUAGCUCCAGCUGUCACGGUUCGAAACACCAUCCCUGUCUUCUCCGCCCCGCUGCUUCCUCACCCUCAGCCGUCUCUCGUGAUGAGGCCUCCGGGAUUGGGCAUGGCGCCCUCCGUCUGCAUCAGGCAAGCUGUUCCCGCUUUCGCUCCCACCCCUGUUAUGAUCGACGAACUCCCGCCGCUCGUCCCGCGCCCCGCCGUUCGAGUCGAGGACCCUCUCGGCUGCAAGUUACCACCCGUGGCACCGAAACCCGAAGCUUCGAAAGUUCAAGCCGAGUCUUGGAUUCCCAACGUCGGCAAACUGCCCGCCGGCUUAAGAGCACCACCUUAUGAAGACUUCAAAGAUCUCAAAAUAUAGUCGGAGGGAUUCGAUCGAAUGCGUGAAACUGCAUAUGUGCCUGUGAUCGAUGGAGGGACAUGCAUACGGGUAUGUGAUUCGUUGCUGCGAUGCUGUCCCCUCCAACGGUAGAAUAUGCAGAAAUCAAGCGCCCGUCUGCCUGCUUUCCAGGUACUAUAUUCGAAGCGCGCUAUAAUAUAUAUAUAUAUGUGUAUGUAUUGUGUAUAUAUAGUCCAUGAUCCAUGUGAGAUGAUUAGUAGCUUAUUUUCUGCAACUUAGGUAUAGCUGAUUAUAUACAUAUAAAUUGCUUGCAUGGAUUGCUGAGGAUAAUUGCUCUUCUUGUUUGUUUACUAUUGCUCUUUUUUUCUUUUUUC